AAUUCGAGCGGCGGCGAUACGAAAUACACAGAAAGCAAUUCUUGCAGUUCUAGCCUUUGACAACAACCAUGGCACUGAGCUUUAUAGGAAAACCAAUUUCUCUCAUAUCCCACUCUGAUGUGCGGUAUCGAGGAAUACUGGCGGGUAUUGACCCCGCUGCUUCCACGAUCCAACUCUCAAAUGUGUUUUCUAUGGGUACAGAGUCGAGAAGGCCACCCUCAGAAUUCAUUCCUCCCGUCCAAGAACCAUACCAAUACAUAAUUUUCCGCGCGUCUGAGGUCAAAGAUCUUGCAGUUGAUGAACCAGCUACUCCGAGUCUUCGUAGUGUUCACGACGAUCCUGCGGUGCUGGGGGCGUCUGCUCCAGGAACUCAACCCCAGUACGGUGCAUACGGUCCUCAAUACCAACAGCCUGUCGUAGCCCAGCCUCCACCGCCACAAGCUCAGGCUCCUGCCUAUCCUCAGCCUGUGCCAGUGCAAGAUGCGCCAGCUCCCCCGACGGUCCCUGUCGUGCAAACGACUGAUGCACCAGGUCCUAGCACUGGCCCGAGUCGCGUCAGUUCGGUACACACUGCUGCUGCAUCAAUGGAAACAGUUCAGCGCGCUUUAGGAGACUUGCGUGGAUCCGGAAAUACGGCGCCCCCGCAUGGAGGUCGUGGUGGCCGACGUGGUGGUCAUCACGGUCAUGGUGGAGAGACAAAAGAUAUCAAAGUCCCUGCGACGGAUUUCGAUUUCCAGAGCUCGAACGCCCGGUUCGACAAGACGGCAGUUGCACCAAAGAAGAAGGAUAGCGAUAAUGAGAAUGGCGUUCCCUCCGACCGUGACUCGCCGACGGACAAAAAGGAUGAGAAAGACGAUGUGGCCUAUAACCCAACGAAAUCAUUUUUCGAUUCUUUAUCGUCUUCAACUCAAGCUGCUCCGCCACCAACACGAGGCACCGGUGGACGGCGAGGUGGUGGAGGCAGAAAUCGUAGGGAGGAAGAAAGAGAGCGCAACGUGGCUACAUUUGGUGAGCCUGGGGGCGUAGGACUGAUGGGCCCGGGCGCUUAUGUCGGAGGUUGGGGUGGAUAUGGACGACGAGGGGGACGUCCAAGGGGGCGUGGUGCGCCUCCUGUCGGGGGCCGUUAGCUUCGCAUAAUUUUUACUUGCACCAGUCGUCUGUUCAUCUUUGCUGUUUCAGGCUAGUAAUCACCAGUAUCAGUACGGAACCCAUACUCGAUUCGUGUCGGCGCUAUGUACCCUCUAAAGGGGUUCGCAUGUACUUUCGCUAAUACGUCAUGCAACAAUUCAUCUCGUUGCAGAAUUCGGGCUUGCAAGAUUUUCUUGUCCCAGACUCCCAAUUUCAAGAGUCAACUUACAUUCUAACAAAUG